AUGGACGUACGCUACAAGCCGGGAAAGGAGCUGACUGAAGCUGACGCCCUAUCUCGCUUGGGCCUAGAAGUCCACCUGACCAAUGCAGUUGACAACAUCCGCCUGUGGGAAGGAACAGAACAUCUACGUCAAAAGGGUCAUCGGUUUGAAGUCCCAGAAACGCUUCGCCCUAGGAUCUUUCAUUUGUACCACGACAGUGCACCGUCUGGUGGCCACGAUGGAGUCUGCCGGACUUACCAUAAGAUUAACAAACGCUUCACGUGGCCUAGAAUGAAGCAGGACGUCAAGGAAUACGUGCGCUCCAGCGACAGGUGCCAGCUGUAUAAAUUCAAGUACUGUCAGCGAACGGACGAGAUAUUCUUACCGGACCACUGGGACAAGCCCUUCAAGGUAGUGCACAUGGACUUCGCCGAGCUAAAGAAAAAGGCAGAAGGUGUUAGGAAGACGCAGUCGUUCCUCCUCGCUGUAGACCAGUGUACAAGAAUGGUCGCCACCCGUCCUGGAGGCGAAGACAGCAACAGCGUCAUAACACUUAUGGAAAGACAAAUGUUUAUAAUUGCUAAAACCAAAGUAAUCGUAUGUGAUAAUGGGCCGGCAUUCAUAAGCAAGCGCCUUUCGUCGUGGGCCAACGAAGGGGCAUUCGCUUGA